AUCAUCAGGUUCCUCUUCCUUCCUCCUCGUCCGGCGUGUCUCUGAAUUUGGUUGUGACCAGUGGCGAGUAUACCGCCGGGCAUGCCUGGCACGUGCCUGGGCUGCCCUUCUUAUAUAUAUAUAUAUAUAUUUUUUUUUUUUAAAAUGAAAACAAAAACAGAAAAAGGAAGAGUUAGAAUUUGCUUUCGCUUUCUCGAUCCCUCUCUCUCAAAAUCGCUGUUCCUCUCUCACCCACCGCCACCGGCCGCCGCUCUCAAUCCCUCUCUCACUGCUCUCAAUCUCUCUCCCUCACCUCGCCGUAACGCCGUUCAAUCUUCCGCCGCAGCCGCACCACUGCUCAGCUCACCGCGCCGCACCACACCGCACCGCACUCACUCUUUCUCUUCGUCUCGUUUCAGGCUCUCUAAUAUUACUGGAAUCGCCACUGGUUGUGACAGUAACAGAGAAAGAAUAGAAUUUGAAUAAUAAAAUGGGGAUCCGAUUUGUGUUAAUGGUGAACAAACAAGGUCAAACCCGUCUUGCCCAAUACUACGAAUACCUCACUGUUGAAGAAAGACGAACCCUUGAAGGUGAAAUCGUUCGCAAAUGUCUCGCUCGCAAUGAACACCAGUGUUCAUUUGUCGAGCAUCGCAACUACAAAAUUGUAUAUAGGCGCUAUGCAUCUUUGUUUUUCCUGGUUGGAGUUGAUGACGGCGAGAAUGAGCUUGCUAUUUUGGAAUUUAUCCAUCUCUUAGUUGAAACUAUGGAUCGGCAUUUUGGCAACGUGUGUGAGCUAGAUAUCAUGUUUCAUUUAGAAAAGGUACAUUUUAUGUUGGAGGAAAUGGUCAUGAAUGGGUGUAUUGUGGAGACAAGCAAAUCGAAUAUUCUGACUCCUAUUCAGUUGAUGGAUAAAACAUCAUCAUAAGAGACGCAAAAGAAAAAUUCCUGUAUUUCUAUGUUACUAUUAUCUGUUACUGGUGUUAUUUUAUGUGUACAAUCAAGUGAAUAAUCUCCAAUUUUCUUUAUGAAUAAAAUACUAAAGUUCGUAUUUAAUUUUCCCCCCUUCCUCCUUGAUUGUAUUGUUUUGUAUUGAUUAUUUGCUUAAAGUAUUUAUGAAAUAUGAUUUUGAUCAA